CGAAGAUAUAUUUAUUCAGGCUUGUAGCUUGAGAAAGACCGAUUUUCUUUCACCAAGUGAUCCGAGGCAAUAUCAGCAGGGAAAAAAAAUCCCCUCCAAACCUGACUGACAACGUCAAAUUCAGGAGUUACUCCUUCGCCAGACAGAAAUUUUUCUUUUUCUUAUACUCUCAUAUUACUUGGAUGCUAAGGCAGAUAAUCCAUCGCAUGCACUAUGGACCUAAGAAUUGUUUUACUGGUAUUUUUGUUCUUAACCGCGCAAUCAAACUGUCAGGCAACUAGAAAAUGCUCUGAGAUGCUUGGGGCGUGCUUCCCCAAGUGUGACAUCAAGCCCGGUCUUAUCGGUUUGACAUGUCUCAUGCAUUGUUAUGAAAAUCAAAGAGAACUCCGAGAGUGUCGAUUGGGCCUGGAAAGACAAGGACAAGGCUGUAUAAUCGGAUUGCGCGCAUGUGAAGCUCGCUGCCUGAAGGAAGAAACACGGUGCCAGAAUUGUUGCAGACAAUUUUCCAACAGGAGUUAUCCAGUUAGAUUAUUGUCAGCUGCUUGUCAGCGACAUUUUCGACAAUGCAACCUACAACUUGAAAACAUUAUCCCUCCACUCCCUGAAGAACUUACGGCAAUACCACCAGCGUGAAAAUGAUCGAGCUCCUACCAAAUGGCCUCGUGGAAUGUGCUGAUGAGAGUCCACAAAAUUCCGUGUCUUUUCGUCCUUCUAAUUACUUGAAAAAUUGUCGUCCACAAAAAAGUCAUUGUCUCUUAAAGCCGGGCGUCUCAUCAAAACACAGAAUGCCUGAAUGCAAGCUAUUCAUGUCGUUGUUUACCAUAAUAUGUUUUCCCUUACCAAAGGAAUUGAUUUAUAAGCUUGGUUUCUUUAACUAGUUAUCUUUCUACUUGUAUUCAACACUAUUGAUUACUCUGUCAGUGCAUUUGGAUGAGUAGACCGGAUAAGAGUAAUCAAGCAUUAGAUAGUGG